AGGCAAGUCCGAACAUAUAUCUCUCAGCCUGUGAUAAACAUUAGACACAGCACCUUUAUAAACGAGCCGAUUUAACGCGUUUACGCAGCUCUGAGGACAAUUAAAAUACAAUGUGAAGUGUGAAUAUUUUCUCAGCAGACUAUCAUCCUCAUUGCUUUGAGCUGUCAACGCGAAAUUCUUCAGAGGAUUGAUGAUGAAGAUGAUGAAGAUGAUGCACGCCGAGGAGGAACUGAGCAAAGCAGCCGCGACUGGAGACACGGAGCGUGUUCGGGGUUUACUCUCUAACGGAGUGAAUGUGAACGGCGUGAACAGAUUCGGAAGAACACCCAUACAGGUGAUGAUGAUGGGUAACACACCUGUGGCUCGCCUGCUGCUGGAGUAUGGAGCAGAUCCUAAUGUGGCUGAUCCCGGGACUGGAAGCACUCCUUUGCACGAUGCAGCCAGAACCGGAUUCACGGACACAGUGCGGCUUUUAAUCCGCUUUAAAGCCGACCCCAGCGCAGCAGAUCACAGCCAGUUACGAGCCGUGGAUGUGGCGCUGCAGACUGGCCAUGUGGGCGUGGCUGAACUGCUCAGAAGUAUUUAAACGCUAAAGGUUUUUUUUGUUUUGUUACAUAUUUAUCACAUAAUAUGAAAGGUUUAUUUUAAAACGUAAAGGAAUAAGCGCAGCGGUUAGUUAAUGUACU